AUGUCAAACCUGGGCUACGAGCCGCCUUACGAGGUCGAGGUCAACGAACAGUGGACCAACGAGCGUUUGCUCAAGUGGCGCGAAGACCGUAAUGCGUUUGUGGCAUCGGCAGCCGGGCCGCGUCCGCAGCUGCGCGAGGUCGACUACGACGCUGUUCACGACGGCCUCAUUUCCCGCUCGGGUGCCCUGGGCGAGCCCACUCCGCUGCCCUCGCUCUUGCACAUCCUCAACGAGAUGUGGGAGGAAGACGGCAUGAUGUGA